AUGCCUGACACCGCGGAAGCGCCUCAUGGCAGCCAACCCGAUUACUCAACCUGGACAACGUCCAGCUUGAUCGCACGGAUAACAGAUCUGGAGCGGCAACUCCAUUCCCGAACGACGGAGUACACAACCCCUCCCUCCUCCAAGGGCGUGACGGACCCCCGCGCAACGAGCGCCAACCCCCCGCCUUCCGAUGCUGUGACGAACAAAAUCCCCGCGAAAACAAAGCAAAAGAGACCGUUGUCGCCCGGGGAUGAUAUCACGCAUACCCGUUCCCCGACCCGCCCCCCUAAGCAGCCUCGCGAGAUCGAUCCGUCGAAGUACAAUACCCGGUUCAUCGCGCUGAAGUUCGCCUACCUGGGCCAGCGCUACAAUGGGCUGGAGCAUGCGAACGGGAAUGUCACGCCGCUGCCUACGAUCGAGGAGGAGAUCUGGAAGGCGAUGCGGAGGACGCGGCUGAUCUUUCCUACGGAUGCGGAGCCUUUUGACGAUUCGCGCGGGCCGAGGGCGCUGAAACCUUACUCUCUCAGCUGGGAGGGGUGUGAUUAUUCCAAGGCGGGACGGACUGAUCGUGGCGUCAGUGCCUUUGGGCAGGUCAUUGGCAUCCGGGUACGAAGUGCGAGGCCGAAACGCCCCGCCACGGAGGUUACAUCGGACGUUGAUAUGACUGGGCUUGAUGCGCCUGCUGAAGACACCUGGGAUGAUAUUGCGGAUGAGAUACCCUAUAUAAGCAUGCUGAACAGAGUGCUUCCCGAAGAUAUUCGGAUAUUGGCAUGGUGCCCUCAACCGCCCCCUGGUUUCGAUGCCCGCUUUUCAUGUCGGGAACGUCAAUACAAAUACUUCUUCACUCAGCCAGCUUUUUCCCCCACCCCCGGCCCUCUGGGCCUUGCCUUGCAGGCGGUUGAUAGCGCAAACAAGAUUCCGGCCAAGUACCGCGAAGGCUGGUUGGACAUUGAUGCCAUGCGGGAAGCCGCAAAGCAUUUCGAAGGCGUGCACGACUUUCGGAACUUCUGCAAGCUCGACACCAGCAAACAGAUUGAGAACUUUGAACGGAUCAUCUACCAUGCAGACAUUGAACUGGUUGACCCAAAGCACCAUCCGCUGGGAUACGUGAACCAGCCAGGGUUCCAAGCCUCGGAGAACUCCGUCGUGGGCGCAGACACCGUAGCGCAAGCGACUGCCGCUCAAGUGUAUGUAUUCAAUCUGCAUGGCUCCGCCUUCUUAUGGCACCAAGUGCGCCACAUGGUGAGCAUCCUUUUCCUGGUCGGCCAGGGCCUCGAAUCGCCUUCCAUCGUGGCCGAAUUGCUGGAUGUGUCGAAAAAUCCCCGCAAGCCAACGUAUGAGAUGGCAUCUGAUGCCCCGCUUGUUCUCUGGAAUUGCAUAUUCCCCGAUGAAUCCAAUGACAGCCGUAAGGAUGCUCUGGACUGGGUUUAUGCUGGAGAUCCCCGGCAGAGCAAAUCCCAGCUUGGUAAAGGCAGCGGCAAGUUCGGAGUGGGAGGCGUUGUGGAUGCGCUUUGGUCCGUCUGGAGACAACGCAAAAUGGAUGAGGUUCUGGCAGGCGCACUACUCGACCUAGCUGUUAGCCAGGGCGACCAAAGCAUUGUCAAGGGAGAUGGCUCCUCAAACCCCGUAUCGGAGAAACAAGGUAGGGGACAGAAGGUCUUCUACGGCGCCAACGAGCCGAGGAUGGGUGGAAAAUAUGUUCCUGUCAUGCAGAAGAGGAAAACAGACCCCGUCGAGGUCCAAAACGCCAGGUGGUUGGCGUCCAAGCAGCGCAAAAUAGAGAGGGCCCCCGAGCCCACACAUGGGGACGACUAG